AAUAACGUCCACUUGUUGCAUUAGUUGUUGAUAUUUUGAGAACUGUAAUUAAAAUAAAGAAAAGAUGGACUCUGGAGGCAUUUAACCACUGGGUUAUUUGACACAUCGAAGAAGCCGGGUCAAGUAAAUAACGUCUGCCCGUUAACGCUCAUCCAGCCCGACAGCUUAACAAAUAGGAUUAGAGCUUCCAUCUGCUCACCUGAGACGAAGCCACCCGGCGAGCUGCGUCCCUCCGCCGCCUCACCAAACCACGUCUGGACAAGGGCGAGCGACGUUUACACAUGAGCUGAGGACGUGAGCGGCGGCCUUGGCUUCGAUUAUGGCGGGAAAGCAUCGCGGCUUGUGGUUAUGGGCGUUGGGGCUGCUCCUUCUGUCUGGCUGCGUCAACAUGGACACAGGUCAGUUUCUCGCCGCGAAAAAGCCUCGUCGCUCACCCUGUCGUGGGUCACUUUGUGCUUCCUCGCCGCUCUCAGGCGACGAGACGGAGGAUUCAUCUGAAGACCUGCGGCUUCUGUUACGGCAUCACGGAUCCAUGCCCCGUAGGAAAAGGAACCUUCUGUUUCCCAGCGGAGUCAAAUUUUGCAGUCAGGAGACGCUCGACCAAGCCGUCUCCAACCACCUCAACUACUUUCACCUCAGAGUGUGCCAGGAGACGAUCUGGGAGGCCUUCAAGAUAUUUUGGGACCACCUGCCGGAACGUGACCAGUAUCGGGACUGGGUGGGCCGUUGCAUGGAUGGCUCCAUUAGCAUCAAGGAGAUUGGGAGGUUCUUCAGUCAAUCGGAGGAGCACCUGCGCCUCAUUCGCAGCAGAGUUGGCAUGGCGGCGCCCAUAAGCAGUGUUCCAAUCAGCUCAGGCCUACCUCUGUGCAGUUCUGGAAGUUUGUCCGGCAUUCCAGUUGGAGGACUUUUGACCAGCGCCCAGCCAGAAACCCCUGGCCAAAAGGCCCCGACUUGGAAACCUUCAGCCUCUGCACACGAAGAAGUCCUUGAAGAGGGAUUAACAAAGACUCCCGUGGAGUCGACCUUUGACUCUGUUGUUGUCGGCUGCGGUUCCAAUGUCAAAAGCCACUCUGACAAGACCGCAAAAGAUCCUACUGAUGCUAUUGUCGAGCUAAUCUCUAAGCCGACCGUCCAGGCCCCACAAGACUACAGUCGUCCAGGGGUCACCGCUUUCACCGAGGAACGUCUUCCAGAUCUGUUUCUAUCAGACGUGCUGACUGAAGAAACACAAUUGGAAAAAGAGAAAACCGGUUCGACGAAAGAUCCACUCGAAAUUGCCGAGGAUGCCACAAGUGAGGAAGAGCCGACGGUGGCUCCUAAAGAGUCUGUCAAAUUAGUCGAUGAGGCACGAGAGGAAAGCCUUGUUGAAGCUACUGAAAAGCCAGCCGAUGCGCCCGUUCUACCUGCAGAGGUUAUCACGGAAACGCUGGAAGAAGAACAUCUGGCACGUGAUAUCAACCUUGGGGAGGAAACAGAUCCUUCAGGAGCAAAAUCUGUGGGAGGUGAAACUGGACCUGGAGUAGCUGGCACAGACCAUGCGCAUCUUGACUUCACAUCUGCAGAGAAGACACCCGAGCCCGGGGCUGAAACUUUGGAGGAAAUGGAUGACAGGAUACACAUAACAGAAGAAUCCACAUCAAAAAGUUCCGAACCUGAAGAUCCGGUCAAGGCAAUCGAAGCGAACAUUGGCGAGGCACAUGCUGAGUCUGAUGAUGACGUAAGUCCGGUUAUUUCUGUGGAUAGUUCAGAGAAAUUACUGCCAGACACUAAAUCGGAGUUGCCGGAAGUUAUAGAAGAAUCUCCGGAAGACUCGGAAUUGGGUCGUCCUUCGGAAAUGACCACGCGGAGUUCUGCCGUCGAAGUUGAUCAGGCGGAAAAAAUAGAAAUAGUUCAUGAAGUUGAGGAGGAGCUUGCAGGUAAAGAUCUCGGCCCACCUGUCUCCUCUGAGGAUGACGACUCCCCGGGAAGUGUCCGGUCCAGUCCUGCGGAGGUUCCUCCCGACGCAGUCCAGCUCAUCUUGACAACGGCGGAAGAAGGAAUACGCACAGUGGCACCCGUCCACGAAACGGUCGUUAGAUCCACUGCGGAAAGUGACGCCGUGGUUGAGGCUACCCCGAGCGGCUACGUGCCAGCCACCGCGACGUACAUCGUGGAAUACAACAACGGCAAUUUCCCAGAUUCCACAGAGAGCCCCCUGAAGGCCGAUGACAACUCGCUACGUUUCCCUUUUGAGGAUCAGGAGAACUCGCUUCAUAAUGAAAUUGACAACUUCCUGAGGCCUCCGAAGGACCAGAUGGUGGAGCUGAGCAUGACACUGAGGGAAGAAUCAUAUACCGGAGCUCUGAGAGUCCCGAGCAGUGUCCACUACCAGCAACUGGUUCGACACUUUAUCCGCAGGGUCAGAGACGCCUUUGAGAAGCUGCCAGGCUUCAAGAACGCCUUUGUCAUCGAAUUCAGACCUCAAAAGGACUUGGAACGGGGUCUGGUGGUUCAUGUCCACUACGCCAUCACUUUGGCGGCCAGUGGUGAGGGCAUCUCCAACGCCACGAUGGAUUUCAUCAGGCAGCAGAACAACCUGGUGGAGAAGAGUUACCCCGCGGCUGCCGAGGAGCCAACCGUGGUUUACACCAUCACAGACUUCCGCAACUACAUCACGGAAGCUCUUCGCAAAGACAACGUGCUGACCAACAGCAGUCUGGGGACCCGCUCGGAUCCGCUGCCGCUAGAGAACGCUGGAAAUGUGUUAUCUCCGGGGGACCCGACAAGUCGACCGGCCGACCUCUACGACAACAUGGAUAACGUCCUCGCUGCGGAGAGACCACCCGACGCGCCGAGUCACGAGAUGGAGACCGCGGACGGUUUUCUGAAGAAAGACGACUUCCUUUUCGAGUCGUGGAAAGGCACAAGGGGCGAAGCGGUGAGCGAGAAUGACGUCCUCACCGUGGAUGAAAGUACGACGUUUCCACCGAGCCCUGAGGGGAUACCAAGUCUGCUGCCAAACGGACAAGACUCUGAUGAAAAUAUCCAAAAGGAGGGUUUUCUCAUGAACAAUGAAGGAAACAAACCCUACCAAGAGGACCGCCAAGCUUCCAAAGCUCCACCUUCUCAGAAAGGACUUGAAGUCGCAAUGGACAUUGGAUCCGGCUCCGGUUUCUCGGGAGACGGGCGGGAGGGAGUUCUUCAGUCUUGGGAACUUGAAGCAAGCUUUUAUGGUGAAAGCCAUCUCGAGGUCCUCCCGCCACCGGAUCUGGAAGAGACCGAUGAAGAUGAUGGAAUCCAGGAAGUAGGUGAAACUCUCGAUCUAGCCAGCAAAGAGGAUGGCGUCAUGGGUUCCCAGUCUACCCCACUUACACCUUUGCGCACACUUCCUCCGUUUGAGAACCCCUUCUUGGAUCAGGUUUUAUUUACACCGCACAUCAGCACGGACCCCCGCUUGGCUACCAGCGGUCCGCCCGUAUUUUCACCGAAAGGCACGUUGACGGUUGAGUUGUCGAUGCAAACGGUGGAAGCAUCCGGCCUCGAUGAAGAGCCUCAGAUGACGCCGCGGGAUCAAUACAAUUUGGUGGCACUCACGGGCGCACCUCAUUUGCAGACCCGGUCUAACGAGCACCCUAGUUUUGCGCCCGAAGUGGCAGUGACAAGCAAAACCACAAGCAAAAUCACCGACGCCGCAGCGGCGAUUACGUCUGAAGACCCCAACCAGACCGCACGAGGGCCAAUGGUUGAAGAAGUAAUCACAAUUGCGGUUGAAGAAUCGGACUUGGAUGGUCUACCCGCUCAAACGCCUCGUGAGGAAAUCUUACCCGAAGAACCGCCACUUUCAAAAACCCACCGCGAGGAGCUGGAAGUGUUUGAGGAGCAACAUAUCCCGUUCUCUCCACCGACGCCAGUGGUCGUUACCCUGGACGAAGACCUGGCCCUGGAUGAAAUCUUAGUUGUCACAAAGACCGCUGCUACCGCCCCACCUCCUGUUAUCACUUCAUCCCCCGUCGGUUCAGACCCCAACCCCAUCGCCCUUUCCCCUGAGAAGGAUUCCCCCUUCACUCGGGUGUCGGAUUCAGCCCCCGAAGACGACGACUCACUUCAUCACGAAGACCACGGUCUCUUUGGCACGGUGUCUUCAGAACUCAAUGAAAACCCCCCGGACUUUGAAAUCCUUAAAACGGAGACUUCGAUGCCUCCGGCGAACGGCACAGAAGCGACGGAAAUGCAGAGCGUCCAGCGCAACCCCUCGAGCGUGACGGACAUCGGCGUCAGCCUCGACGUGUUCCCGUAUGGCGGCGUGGUUACCGAAAGCGACAGCAGCGGCUACUCCAGCGGGGCGCGGGGCUCCGAGCUGGAUGCUAUCGCGCUGCCCACCAGGCCGAUCCAAGCCCUGACGGUGUUCUUUAGACUCCGGGUGACCAACAUGGCCUUCUCGACGGACCUUUUCAACAAGAGCUCCCCCGAAUACAAAGCGCUGGAGCAACGGUUUCUGCAACUGCUGGUCCCAUACUUGCAGUCCAACCUCAACAACUUCCAGAACUUGGAGAUCCUCAACUUCCGAAAUGGCAGUAUCGUGGUCAAUAGUCGGAUGAGAUUUGGCAAACCGGUUUCUCAAGGCGUUGCCAACGUCGUCUUCCUCAUCCUCGAGGACUUUGCCAACACCGCCUACCAGACCAUGAACCUGGCCAUUGAUAAGUACUCGCUGGAUGUCGAGUCAGGUGACAACGCGGACCCCUGCAAGUUCCAGGCAUGCAACGCCUUCUCGCAGUGUAUGGUCAAUCGCUGGUCCGGCGAGGCCGAGUGCGUUUGCGACGCGGGAUAUCUGAGCGUGGACGGCCUGCCUUGCCAAAGCGUCUGUGACGUGCAGGAAGACUUCUGCCUCAAUGACGGCAAAUGCGACAUCAUUGCCGGCAAGGGCGCCAUCUGCAGGUGCCGCGUAGGAGAGAACUGGUGGUACCGCGGCGAACACUGCGAGGAGUACGUCUCCGAGCCGCUGGUGGUCGGCAUUGCCAUCGCCUCGGUCGCGGGUUUCCUUGCGGUGGCGGCGGCAAUCAUCUUCUUCCUGGCCAGGACCCUGCGUGAGCAGUAUGACACAGAGGACAUGGAGGAUCCGCUGAGACGAGGCGACAGCGUGCCAACUCUGGAACGUGCCACCAAAUUUAACCCCAUGUUCGAGAGCGACCCCGUCACCACCCAGUACUACCGUCGCUAUGACGAUGACUGUCCCCAGUACAGCAGCCCCACCGCCACAUCGAAUGAGCUCAGUAGCGAAGAAGUCCGCCACGUCUACCAGAACAUGGCGCUCACCAAAGAAGAAAUCCAGGAGCGUCUGAGGAUCAUCGAGCUGUGCGCCAGGGAUCAACAUUUUGCAGACUUUGUGCGACAGACACAAGUAUACCUGGAACGCCGGGGCAGCUCCACCACAUAACGGGUUGCAAGCUUAAGAGGGUGGCCCCAAUGUUCCUUGUACCAAUCACCAUCAACCUGAUUCAUUUUAUUUUUGCAUUCUAGAAUCUCACAAUGAAGUAGACCAGGGGUGCUCAAUACGUCGACCGCGAUCGACCGGUCGCCCGCCGUCUGCUCCCAAGUCGAUCGGAGUUGGGGAAAUGGGAAGAAAAAAAAAAAAUUGUGUGUCUGUGUGCGUGUUUUUUUUCUGUUAGUGUACACUGUACACUUAACAUCCGAUCGGUUUCACUUUCACGAAGAAAAAGUAUUGGCAUCAUAAAAUAACAACAAAUAAAGCUAUGGUGACCUUUGACCUACGGUGGCACGUGAUCUCCAUCGCCGGAGGUUGUGAGCAGUCAGCCUACGAUAAGCGCAGUUGCGAUCGAUUUUUUUUUUCUUCUCAUUAUUAUUAUUCUCAUUCAAAGUUUGUCUCAUCUGCAAUUGACCGAUGGCACUGGCAAAGAAUGUGAAUCUGGAGCGCCAUGAGAAACGUUUUUUAAAAAACGGUACACGUACGGACGAUCGUUUCUGCACUUUUAACACGUGGCUCAAGUGCGCCUCGUGCCUCCGCGUCAGGUCUCCCGCUAAGGUAGACGGUGAUUUCCUUUUUCACAAACUCUUGGAUCGACUUGAUUUUUCUGUUUGGCUCAUGUCAGGGGCCAUGAUGGCUGUUGCUCAUCAUCGCAUGCGCGUGUGUAUGUGACCAUAUGCGUUGACGUGCGGUAGCGGGUCGAUCGCGGGAGUUGGGUUACUUGAAUAGUAGAUCUUUGGUGAAGAAAACAAAAAAAAAAAAAGUUGGGCACCCCUUGAAGUAGACUGCCGUUCAAGUUAGGUUAGCUAGCAUCUUUUUACGACAGACAGCUGCCUUUGUCUGCGACUGUGAAAGUGGUGACUUGGGCGGUCGUAGCUCCUGAUUGGACAGAGAAGUUGAUGAGUUUUUUUGUUUUGUUUUUUUUGCAAGUCAACUUUUGAGCAUUGACCCUUUCCACGAUCGUGUCUGAUCUUUUGGUUGUCAUUAUCUGCUUGUGUCCGUUUCUUGUUCCAUUUUGUCCUUCUGUAUCGAACUUCACUCCAAGGGCCUGAUUCACUGAAAUGUCAAGUAGCGAGCAUUAAAUUGCAUGUUCACUCACUCGAACAGAUAAAAGCGGUGGCCAUCGCCAUCUUUUAACUCAUUCAGUACCGGCCAAUUCUAGACCAAGUCUGAAAAGACGUUUAAAAACGUCUUUGGGAGUGAAUGGGUUAAAAGAGGGUUUGCACGUUAUGGAACUGUGACGCUUUUCACCAUGGAACAGUUGCUUCCACCGACGGUCAUUCCUCCGACGCGGCUCGCGCUCCCGCAAGAAAUGUAGCGAUUUUUGUCCUCUUUCCAGAAACCUUUACCUCUUUGUUCCUGGGUUGGUUCUUGGGGCCGGCAUGACACUUCCUCAGUGCCUUGGUCGCUCUGUUAGCUUGUGGACGCGAUGCAGCUUGGGGCCCUAGAAACAAACUCAUUUUGUGUUUCGAGCCGGAUCGCUUCACCUGUUCCUCUUGGCUCGGUUCGGUCAGCCGCCUGCACAGGGCAACCAUGCACCCUGCAUGUUUACAGCAGUCAUAGAUUAAGAGUAGCCUGGCGAUACAUUUGCUUUUUCUUUUUUUUUUUUUUUUAAACGACAGCCUGGUGUCGCGCUUACAAUUAACAUGCUACAUUAUGAUUUUAUAUAUUUCUGUAUAUUCAUGGUAAUUUAGCAAAGGAAGCUGAAGCUAUUGACUCACAUUUCUCAAGAUGGCAAAUUGUGCUGGUUUGUUUGUUUGGUUUUUUUUGUCUGUCACAUUAAAAAGAUUUCAAUGUUUAAUGUUUCUAAAUUCUGUUUGAAAUGACCACAUCCAACCUUUUUCUGGAACAAGGGUUCGUCAAGGCUUACUAAAUGUUGUUAUGGAUACUGACCUCACAAAAAUAUCUUUACGGUCAAAUUUGAGCAACCUAAAAGUCCUAACAAAGCCUCCCUGAAACAACAUUGCACGGCUACGUGUUGUCUCCCUUGCGUUCUUUCCUUGUGGGUUUAUUUGUCUAGACGUCUGUGCUUUGGACAAGAAGCAACCAAGCUGCUUUGCCGAAGAUUGUCUUGUGUUUUGUAUUGUGUUUUCUAUCGGUCCAAUCACAGACCAACAUGACUGUCAGGUGUGUUUGAGCCAGCAGCACCCUUUUCUAAAAUAAAAUGACAAUAUUUUUUACUGCG